UUAAAUCAAUAAAAUCACUAUAAGAUGUCGGUGAGUUUUUCUGGUGAAGUUCACCUGUAUCUGGAAGCUAUUUCAUUUUCACUUGGGAUGAAUAGCAUUUCUAAAAACAAAAACAAAAAAAAGCUUGUCUUGACUCUGGUCUAGUUCGACGUCAAGUGCCACGUAUGUUGUCUAGCUUCCACGUGUCUUACCGGAGCUACACGUGUAACCCCAGAAAAACUUGCACUAUACUGAUAUUAUUACCUCAACACCCCUCGUUCAACAACUCACAUAAAAACAUCAAACACAAUAUAAUCACCGCCAUAAUCCAGUCUUGAUCUUCUUCAAUUUCAUUUCAAUCUUAAGAAAAGACAGCAACAGCCAUGUCUACUACAACUCAAUCUUCUUCACUCCCAAGUCCUGCUUCAGAAACCAUGAGAGACAUAUUCUUCUGGAAGAAGAAGAAACAGAGCUUACUUGUUCUACUUGUAUCAACAGCAACAUGGGUUUUACUCCAAUUCUAUCAAUUCAACUUCGUUACAGUUCUUUCAUGGAUGACCAUGUUUAUUGUCGUUUCACUCUUUCUUUGGGGAAACUUGCUUAGGCUUUUCGGAAAAGAGCCACCGGACUUGUCAAGAGAGGAGAUUACAGUGGAGUCAGCUUUAAAAGUGGCCCUGGCUCUUCGUACAUGUACAGAAGAAUCAAUAAGGUGGAUGUUCAGAGUUGGUGCCGAGAGUGAUUUGACUACUUUUGCUUUAAAUCUUGGUGGAUUAUGGUUACUAUCUCAAGUGGGAAACUACUUUGACUUCUUAACCCUUCAUUAUAUAGGCAUUGUUAUGGGCAUGACAUUCCCAGUAAUAUAUGCCAAGUACGAAGAUAACAUAAAGAGGCUUAGAGAAGGAGUGAAGAAACAACUGAAAAGGUAUUAUGACAUGUUUGAUGAGAAGGUGAUCAAGAAGGUGAAAAAUAUGAUGGGAAAAACAACUAUUAGUACCACUACCAGUACCACCACCACGCAUACCAACCCAGAAAAGGAGAAGAAGGUUGAAUAGUUUGGCUUUAGUUUAAGUUCAAUCCCCUAGAAGAUAUGUACUUGUGUAUAAUUACAAGGCUUUGCAUGUUUUAGACUUGAAUUAAUACAAUAAAUACGAUUUAAUGUUGAUAUAAUAUAUAAUAUGUUAUAAGGAACUAUAACAAAGUGGAUCCGUGGCGCAAUGGUAGCGCGUCUGACUCCAGAUCAGAAGGUUGCGUGUUCGAUUCACGUCGG